AAGCAAUUAUUUGCUAUGGACUCUUACCUGGCACACGCCCCACCAUUCAUGGUGCCGCCAGUGCAAAUGCCCCGGUAUGAAGAGUUCGACCUCGCACGAAAAUACGACCGGCCAAAGUUCCGCACCAGCGCACGCCACCAGCAGUAUUACCAGUACUACGAUAAGCUCAACAAUGACGGGCUUCUGUUCGAGCCGUACUCAGACUCGGCCACGGCCAGAUACUACAAAGAGCAUCGCAUAUACUCGGCACAGAUGAAUUGGCAAGCAUUGACUGCCGACAGUCCCAGCCAGCCGGCCAGGGAGCGUCCAUUGGAGACAAGCAAUCUCGUGACCUUCCCCGACCUGUUCGCCGGCGACGGUGUCCCCCACCUUAUCCACCAUUCGCUCGUGCGCAUGGGACACCGAAUCUGUCUUUUUGGUGGGCUCGAGCUCAUGCCGGACGCAGAGUAUGAGCAGUACCUGCGAGAGCUCACUGACGACUUUUCCAUCCCGCCAGCCAACAUCCACAUGCACUUCGACUACGAGCUGCCUGCGCCACUUAGCAAGUGCAAGCUCACGUCGCUCGCUCUGCGGCCCAACAAAAACGUGUACACUUACAACUCGGAGACAAGCACGCUGCUCAAGACGUGCGAGCUCGAUUGCAUCAAGACGCCGCCGCCGCUGCUGUGCUCUGGCUUGCAGCAGAUCAGCGCGUACCAUUUCAUGCUCCACGCAGGGUUUGAAUUGCACACCCACGUAGAGAAGCGCGAUGGCCACGUCCAUAUCAGUAGGACGCUCGACCCGCAAACGGCUAUGUGGAUGUUCGAUGUCCGCACGCAGGUUUUUACUCAGCUCAAGGUCAUCCUCAGCUCCUCCAUCUCCACUAUUUUGCCCCACUAUAUUCCCCGUUUCGGCCACCAAAUCCAAGGUAUCACCAUCGAACAGAACAAUUCACCCAACGACGACGACAGCCUCCACUCUGGCCCCUCCCACGAUCACACCAUUGGCUCAUGUUCGCGAUAUUCGCGUCCCGCCGUCGUCUUUGUUAUGGGUGGCUACAAACUCGAAGAGCACACAAACCGGCUCGUGGCACUCAACGACCUGUGGAAGUGCGAGCUCUCGGCAAGCAACACGACGGACCCUUCUGCGCGGGGCUUCCAGCUCGAGUUCUCCACGGAAAUGAUCUGCUCACUUGUCGGGAGCCCUGACAUCCUCAGCGACAGGUUUAGUUUCUGCUACAACGCAAGGGGAGAGCCUCUGGGUCCGGAAAAACGGCAGGUCAUCCAGGGGCUGUUCCGCCACGGAACAGACGCGCAGUGGCCCAAGCCGCGUGGUUUCUUUAGCAUGGAUGUUGUGCAGACUGCCGACCUCGAGCAAAUGGUGGAGGGAGAGUUGGUGGACCAGCAUGCCCACAUCAGCCAGCCCAGGCCGAAAAAGAGCCGCUACUUCACCGGAUUGCAGGAUGAGGCACAGUCCCCGUCGCCGACUCCGUCGCUGCAGGCCCAGCUGCGCGCCUCGUCGCCCUUGUCGGCGACAGAAAGAGCCAACAUGCGCCAAUUUUUUCAAUAUGAGGGCCGAAUGCGGAGCAGGACUCCGUCGUUGACGGAGGAGACGCCGCGGUCGUCACCGAGCGCUGCGGCGGCACAGUUUUCAUCGCGUGCAGUUCGCUCGACCUCGCUUGUGGUGUUUGGUGGCUCCAGCAUCGUCCACGUAAAAGUGGUGGCCGACGACGGGUCAGAACUCCUGUACUCGAAAGUGGAGGUGUUGAGUGACAUGUGGUGCUUCGAUCUCAAUACAGAAACCUGGACGAGCGUGCUGACAGUUAAGCAGUCCGAUAAUAGGCCGCUCAAACUCUGUGGCCACGCAUCGGCUAGCGACGGGCAACAACUUAUGGUGAUCGGCGGGUUGCGGGGGUACCAGCUUGACGACCAGCUGCUUGCCAUUCGGUAUAGUGGAGACGCUGCAAAACAGUACCUGGACAUCGCCGAAAGGGCGUUUGAUGCGAUCAGCGAGAAAGUACGGCCUGUAAUCAACCGCGAGGUGUACGAUUUCUUUGUGCUCAACUUUGCCACGCGGCAGUGGAAACACGCAGAAACACGGCUCUACAAUGCCAAGGAGAACCUUGUGACGGGCCAUUUCAUCAUCAACGUGCACGUACAGGCACUACAGUUCGACUCAGAGGUGGUGAUAUGUGGGGGCGGAGACGCGCGUGUCGUCGAUAACAACCAACUGCUGCUACCGGACGAGCAGCAGGACCACUUGUUGGGUGGGGCUUUCGAAAUAUUAUCGUCGCUCAUGAAAUUCUAAUUACUCGUUACUAAGAAGUCGGGCAACCAUCUCGUCCACCGGCACAGCGUACUCCUCGGCCAUCUGCCGCGCUACCUGCCUGUCCGGCUCAUUCAGACGUUGCACAAAUUCGGCAUAUUGUCGUUUCUCCACGCCCUCGCGCUCCACUAGCUCUGCAACCUUAUUCAGCCAAACAACGUACUCCACACGGCCGGAAACAAGACCAUAUAGGUGGCGCGACACCGCCUUGUUCACCUGUGUAUACUUGGUAGCAGACAAUCCCAGCCUCCUCAGCUUUGGUCGUAGCAGAAGAGCCUGGAUAAGCGAUUUCGGAGUGUAGCUCAACACAAAUGGCGUCUCUUCGCGCACACGGUCGCCCAACAACUUGUUGUGCUCUGCCAGCGCGGCAGCAGAAAGCUGUCGCUUGCGUGACGCCCGUUUCGGCCGCUUGAACUUCUCAACGCCGCCGGUGUUGGAGGCAUCCAGAGCGCCCAUUUUCUUACCCCCACGCAGCGCAUCCAGCGCCCGCCACGCAAUGUCCUCCGUUGUGACCGUCUGUUGCUGCCGCUGCUCAUCCACAAGAGCAACAUAGUCGGGCUCGUCUCUGGACACAUAUACCCCCAAUUGACGCUGACGGCCGUUUCUGAUCUGGCGUCGCACGCUUUGCAAAAAAUUCUGCCCCCGUCUGCCCCCACGAGACGGGAUCACGCUGCCCGCGUCCUGCAAUGAGUCGCACACAGGACAGUGGAAUUGCGCGCCUUCAAGUAUCCCUAAACACGCGGUAUGGUAGCCGCUCGAGCACUCGCGGCAGAUCGCGAACGCCCCCGUGCCCGAUCGGUCGCACAGGCAGCAUAGCUGAUUAUCUAGGUGGGGGUGAUGGUGCAGAGGUGUGUUAUCAACAACCGGCUCGAAGAGCUCUGGAGUCUGUUUUCUGUCUGGUAUGGCGGUGGACUGGUACACACUAUUGUCAGAAAUGAGCUCGAUGUCAGUAAAAGUUGCUCGACACUGUGGGCACGAGUUUGCCUUCUGAGCCCAUUCAUUGAUGCAAAAUCCAUGGUAAUAGUGGUGGCAGGGUACUGUGCGGGCAAGAUGUUGCGCGGAUCUGGUUUCCCGCACGAUCGUCUGGUCCGGAUGGGGAAGAUCGUCCAAACAUAUCGGACACAGAUCAGGAGGGUUCAUAAUGUCUGAAGAUUA